AUGUCAGAUGUUCGAGUUAACUCUCUUAUAGACAACCGAUAUUAUCCUGGUGAUAUAGGUUGGGUAUUAGUAUCUACAGCUUUGGUGUGGUUAAUGAUACCCGGCGUUGGUUUUUUUUAUGGUGGUAUGGCAAGAUCUAAAAAUGCAUUAUCACUUUACUUUUUGGGGAUUUUAACUGUUGCUGUAGUUUCCUUGCAGUGGUUCAUGUUUGGAUACAGUUUAACAUUUAGCACAACAGGAAAUGCAUUUAUUGGCAAUUUCGAUAAUGCUUUAUUUCUUGGAUUAAAAUCUGGCCCAUCACCUGUUUCAACUCGUAUACCUGACUUGUUAUAUGCCACCUAUGAAGGAAUGUUUGCCGCAAUUACGCCUGCUAUAGCCAUAGGUGCAGCCGCAGAAAGAGCCAGAACAUUACCAACAUUGGUGUUCAUAUUUAUUUGGUCGACGUUAGUUUAUGAUCCGAUAGCUUCUUGGACUUGGUCUGAACAUGGGUGGUUUAGGGUUACAGGUGGAUUGGAUUAUGCUGGAGGGACACCUGUGCACAUAUCUUCCGGAGCUGCUGCACUUGCAUGGUGUUUGAUUCUUGGUAAACGUAAUGGCUAUGGAGUGCAAGAAUUCAGAGCCAAUAAUAUGUCAAAUGUGAUUCUUGGCACGGUUUUCCUUUGGUUUGGAUGGUUUGGAUUUAAUGGUGGUUCGGCAUCUAGUGCUGAUAUACGCGCAAUAAUUGCCUUCACUAAUAGCAAUCUAGCAGCGUCAACUGGUGGACUUGUUUGGAUGAUGAUGGAUUACAGAUAUGAAAAGAAAUUAUCUGUAAUUGGAUUUUGUUCAGGUGUGGUGUCAGGAUUAGUUUGCAUAACGCCUGGAUCAGGAUAUGUUAAUGUUCAGUAUGCUCCAUUAUUUGGGUUGAUUGGUAGCGUCAGUUGUAAUCUUGCAUUGAAAUUGAAAAGUCUUCUCAGUUUUGAUGAUGCUUUAGAUGUUUUUGCUGUACAUGGGGUGGGUGGAUUUGUUGGUAAUCUCUUAACUGGUUUGUUUGCUGAUAAAAACGUUGCAAGCUUAUCAGGAGAAGAAAUUCAAGGUGGUGCGAUCAAUGGAUAUUAUCGACAAUUUGGAAUUCAGCUUGCUAAUUCACUUGCAGCAUUAUCGUAUUCGUUCGUAUUUACAUAUCUAAUAUUAUUUGUAAUAAACAGAAUUCCACAUUUGUACAUUAGAGUUGAUGCUAAGAAUGAAGAACGUGGCAUAGAUGAAGUGGAAUUGGGCGAACAAGCGCAUUAUUUUGUUGAAAGGUAUUCAUCUGCAUUGAAAGAUCUAACAGCUACUAAAUCCGCAUUAGCUAAAUCCAAAUCAAAUGCAUCUUUAAAUAAACAUUUUCGACAACAAAAUCUUCACAAUCAACGAAUAGAAGAAAUACCAUUACCACCAACUCAUAAUUACAUAUAA